GCACAACCUUGUCCUCCCAUAACACAGACAGAGAGGACAGGACAGGAGAGGAGUCAAGAUCCAUUAACCCAACAUAAACCAGCUGUACAGAGUAAAAAGCCAUCUCACUCAGUGGAUGUACUACAGUGCAAGAGGAGUGACUGUUUCUGCCUCUGCUUGUCACAUGCACUUACUGUAGUUGGAGGGGAAAGUCAGAUCGAGUGUGGGCAUCCAGUAGCUGAGCGGCUGGUCAAUCCUGGACCAUGAAGCUAAGUGUGGCGUUGUUUUUUGCCGGGCUCUUUGGGGCUUUGGCAGCUGUGUUCAUCCUCCUCUCUUUUGGAACUGAUUACUGGCUGCUGGCCUCAGAGAGCUGCCGCGCAAAUCCUGACGGAUCUGUUGGCCCUGGUGGUGUGACUAUAGAGAGUGGAGAUGUGGUGGUGCAGGAGGACAGUCAUGAUAUCACUUUGUACCACGAGGGCUUUUUCUGGAGAUGUUCCUUUGGAGCCAACAUGGAUGAUAGCAACUUGCUGUGGAAGCUCUGGUUCACAAAUCAGCCACACUCAAAAGUGUGCAUGCACGCCUACCUCUUCCCAUUCCCUAUAUCUCAUCAGACCCACAAUGCCACAGAGUAUGAUUCUGCUAUAAUCUACAGAGGCUUCUGGAGCAUCUUUAUGCUGAUUGGUGUGGCGGCUGUGGUGCUUGGUGGGUUCGUCAUCAUCUGUGCUGCUCCGUUCGCCAGCCACCGCCUCUACAAAGCAGGGGGCGGCCUCCUACUGGCAUCUGGUAUUUUCCUGCUGUGUGUGGUGGUGAUGUACGUACUGUGGGUGCAGGUGUUGGAUGUGGUGGAUGUUUACGUAAACCACCAGCGCUCAGCGGUGUGUGCAGACUUCCAGCUGUCCCUCACCUACGGUCUGUCCUUCAUGUUUGCCCCCAUUGGCAUCUUCUUCUGCCUCCUGGCAGGCCUUCUUUUCCUCCUCAUCGGCCGAACCAUCCAGAUUCACUACCACUGAUUUUAACCAGCAGCAGGUUAGAGGAAAACCAGUGUUUUUCUUCUUUUCUUUUCUCCUUUUUUUUUUUUUACCAUCAGGUCUUUGAUAUUUUUGCAUUAUAAAAGCAGGAGUCUAGAUAUUAUGUGCAAGAUUGUGGUUUAAAUGAUCUGACAGACUUGGACACUUUGAUCCAGGAUAAAAAAAAUUGCAGCCAUUGUUGAGCUCAGAAAUGUCACCAUGAUCACUCCACCCUGAGCCACAGUCAGCUGAGCUUCAUUACAGCUCUGUGCUCUCUGUAGGUAGAAGAUUAUAUAAGGAUGUCACCAAACCUGAUCACAUACAGUAUAAAUACCUGUGGGAUAUAACAUUGUUGUUUAAACCUUGUGCAGUGUUGAUGGUUAAGGGGCUUAUGAGUGUAUUUUUUUUUUGUAAAAUUACCAGAAAUUGAAUGUUGAUGAGGAAAACUUUUGUUCAUUGAAGCAUUUUUUUUGUGCAUAAUGAAAAGCUGGUAGCAUGAUCAUUUUUAUAUUCUGUAUAUACGGUCAGUGUCUUUGGAAAGAACACAGGCCCAGCAGCCUUGUCUGUAUUCAGUUUAAAGGAUAAGGCUGAUGAUGUCCUAUACUUUUGCUGUUGUUAACAAAUUCCAUAAAAAGACCAAAACCAACUGUGCCUUAGUCUUUCAAUAUUUUCCAACUUCCCUUCUUUGUCUACAGCAUUCACCUCCAUGUUCAUCCAUUUAGACUGAAAAUGUAAAUCUUUAACAACAGAUCACAAAUACAUGUAUCUACUGAUUAAGUCCCUGAACUCAAACAGGAGUAAAAGAGUACAUUUGUUGGGGACUAUUUUUAGCUGUGGAGUAAAACACAUUUGGUGCUAAAUCCAGCAUGACUACGGGGCCCAUGUUCAUCAUGAUAAAGGAACAUGACACCAGAGGCAACAGCGUGGCUUACCCAUAUGUUUUUAAUAGUGUUAAUAGCAGAGGAAUAAACUGUAUCAGGGUCUGGCUGCACAGACAAUACUUAGAGUUGUCUUCUGAUCGUUGAGUUUUGUCUUUUCAUGAGAAUUUUUUAACGCAAAGAAAAAUAUGGAAUAUCAUCAGACUUAUCCUGCAAUAUCAUCUAAUAUUCACAUUUCACUGAGUGUAUCAUGCUUAAUAUUUUCUGCUUUUUCUGCAGUAUUGUUUAACUAAUUCUGUACAUAUCCUGAAGCUGUGCUGUCUUUUGGUCGUAUUGUUCUAGUAUGACCAGUUUAUUGGUUCGACACUUUUUUUUUUUUUUUUUAAUGGUGCUUUUAUGUAACUGUUUUAUGUUCAUGUUGUUACGGGUUUGUUGUUUUACUACUGGUCCAUUUUCUCUGUGAGUUAAGUGUGUUGUGAGAUUCUGACAUAACAUUAUAUCUGUCUAAAUAAAUUAAACAUUUUUUUCUGUGAUCUGUUAGCAGAUAGGUUAAGAUGAGCUUUUGAUGUCUAAAAUAAAUCAUUUUCAAGCUCCCUUGAAUACAGGGUUUUUGACAGAUAGUGGUGGAUGCAUGGAGCUAAAAUCAGCAGGCAAAUUUCACAGACAAAACAUUUUUGGUCAAAGUACCAUCUUCAUUGCAACUAACAGACACAUGGAGUAAAUUUAUUCUUUUGCACCUUAAAUGCUCUUUUUUUUGUGUGUGUGUGUGUGCACGUAUGAGGGCACUUUUCUAAGAAAUGGGAUCAGAGUUCUGGACAAAUACAAAAGAUUGAAGCAAACUACCACAAGAUGGCACUGUUGUCUCACUUGAUUUACACAUCAGCUCUCACCCUGAGAGGCAGAAAUCCCAUUUUGCUUAUCUGGAGUCUGUGUGGAGUGUAUGUGGUGUUAUGCAUUUAAUCACAACUUCAGAGGUAGGAUCUGUAGAUGAAAGAAUUCACACCUUGGCUGACAGACGGAUGGUAAUUUCACUCAUGAAUGGAGCAUUUGAUCAGGAUCUGAAUGGACUCCUGUGUCAAUUCUCAUGUGUCUGUAUAAACUCUGUGCCUUUUGAGCUUUAUAAUAUACUUAUCAUACAUAAGGAAAUGCAUCUGCGGUUUGCCUUCGAAUGCAGGAGAGAGUGACACAAUGUAAGGCAUUGAUUACUUUGUGAGAUUGACUUUGCCUUCACAGUAGACUCUUAUGAUGGAGAUUCAUGCUUCCAAAUUUUUAUUGCUGUCCAAGUGAGAGUGGCCACACCAGACUUCAGUUGAGCCAUGUGAGAAGCCACACUGGAGUAAACCACUGCAUGGCACGAGCAGAGGCCACAGAGGUUGUCAGAUGUUAAUAAAUUGUAAGAUAAGAUCAGGAUUUGUCCUGUUUCAGGUUGGAGCAGUCCUUUCAGCCAAGUCUACCCUAUGAGAUACUUCUUAUCUGGUGGACGUCCUGGUUUAAAUGAAAUCCUAAUAAAAUAAAAUAAAAAGUUCAA